AUGGUAGCUUGCACUUCCACGGCGUCUACCACCGUCUUGAUGCACCGUCUCCACACCACCAAAUCCAUCCAUUUCUCUGCCUUGCCUUAUCUCCCACCCCGUUUCUUGGCACCGACCUUUUCCACUUUAUUCAAGCACCUUUCAGAGGCUAUUAUAACUUGGAGUUUUAAAGAGAAGUUUAGCAAAAUUAAUGGUGAAAUUGAAGGAGAAGUAGAGUCCACAAGCAGAUAUGUAAAAGAAUGUACUAAGCCACUGAAUGAUUUUCACUAUUGGUCUGUUUUAUGCAUUACCUUUGGAGAAAAGGCGUCGGCUAAUCAGGAGUUGAAUCAACAAAUUCCACAGCUCAAUCUUCCUUGGAAGAUCCUCUGUCGUGUUUGUCACGUUCAUUUAUUGGCUGAAUCAGAUAAAGAUGAAGUUUAUGCCCAGAUCACUUUACACUCUGAACCAGACGAAAGCCGUUUGCCUCUUUAG